AUGGCUAAUAUUUCAAAUUCUGUAGAAAUGGUAGAAAUGAAAGAAACAGAAGAAUCGAUGAAACUCAAGAAACGUGUUUGUGGUGAAAUUGCCAAUAAUUCAUCAUUAUCACCAGUGUUGUUAUCAUCAGUUAAUGUCUGUUCUCAAUUUUGUCAUGUGUUGGAAUGUUUGAAAAGAGCUGGUCAGCUGGAGGUUUACUUUUGGCCAUAUGUUGUAUAUGAACAGAUAAUUGAAAAAAUUGGAGUCAACAAUUUGUGUGCUUGUGCUGUGGACAAAAAUUCACACGAGUCUCAGCUCAUACAGGAAAUUAUUUGUACAAUGGAGCACUCAUACUGUGAGGUUCUUCUUUUUCAAAAUGAUGAACGUAUUGAUAAAUAUCAGCCAAGUUUAAAUUUCCACUUUUGUAACACAACUGAAUAUACUAAUUUCCAAAGCAAUGGAUCCUGUAAAGAUAUUGAUUUGAUGUUAGCUGUUGGUUAUACACUUGUGAAUAACACAACACCAAAAGCUGGUGGACCAUGCUAUUUUGAAAAGUUAAGAAUAAGAAAGGAAUUAGUUUGCUGCCCUGGUUGGUCAGGAACUAAAUGUCACAUUCCUUUGUGCAUUCCUCCUUGUAAAAAUGAUGGAGUAUGCUUUGCUGCUGAUAAAUGUAAUUGCAGAAAGGGAUUUGUAGGUUACCGCUGUGAAAACAAAGUAUCAGAUACAACUAGUGUGCUGAAAUAUUGUUUUGAGAAAUCUGCUUGUUAUGGUCCUGGAUACAAAAAAUUUGCUGGCAAAGUUGUAACACUUGCUGACUGUUGUAGUCAACGCAACACAGGAUCUUGGGGACUUAUUGGAAAAGAGUGCAUCAAAUGCAAUUAUCAAAAUUCUACAAUAGGUGAUGAAUCCCUAAAAACAGAUUCAAGCUGUCGAAGCCAAGGUACCAGACUUUUUAGAACAUUUGAUGGUUCUUUUUUCACUCUCCAGUCACCUUCAUGUGUCUAUAACCUGAUCGAAUUUAGUAAUUUCUGGUGGGUAAGGAUGACAAUUACAAAUUGCAUUCGACUUAAAAACUGUGAAAAGACAAUUUUUGUAAAAUAUGGAAACACAAUUGUGACUGUACAAAAAGGACGUGUUCUAUUGAAUGGAAAAUACAUGAAUAUAAACGGAGAAGUCAAAGAUGGUGUUGAAGUAUCAAGACGCUAUAAUUAUAUAGCCAUUCAAUUUUCAACCAUUCCAAUAAAUAUAUUAAUGAAUGAAAGACAGUAUGUCCAAAUUGUUCCAUCAGAUUCUCUUUUCAAAAGUUCUAAACUUAGAGGGUUAUGCAGUAACUAUGAUGGUAAUGAAAACAAUGACUUUUUCAAUCGAGAAGGUGACAUUUUAGCGAAUUCAGAAGAAUUUAUUCAAGCAUAUAUAACACCACCAAAUAAAUGCAAAAAUAACAGACUUUCAACAUCACCUGAUUACAGAUAUCCAGAAGCUAACAAAAUUUGCCAUGUUGCCUUUACUUUCUAUAAUUGUGAUCUUUCUGAAAAGAAGCCAGUUUUAAUAGACAAUUGCUUCUCGAUGAUCCGUGCCUCUGAUACUGCAGAAGAAGCUAUGACAGCAGCAUGUACAGCCGUUGAAACAAUUACUUGCCCUGAAGGGUUUGAAUUUGAUGAAUGCACUGCCCCCUGUCCUAGAACUUGUGGCAACACUGAUGAAAUUAGUGAUUGUGAUUUACCUUGUGUGGCUGCUUGCCGAUGUCCUGUUGGAAAGUUUUAUGAAAACGGCAAAUGUAUUAAUAAGGAAGAAUGCCCAUGUGAAUAUGAAGGCAAGAAAUUCGAUGAGAAUUCUACUGUUAAGAUGGAUUGCAACCUUUGUGUUUGUAAAUAUGGUAAAUGGGUGUGUGAAAAGCAAGAAUGUCCUGGAACUUGUACAAUACUUGGUCGCAAUAGUAUUAAAACUUUUGAUAAUUUGGAUUACACAAUCGAACCAGUUUCUUGUCGAUAUACACUAGUGCAAAGUAAAUCAACUUCACUGGAGUUGAAAAUAUCUCUGGAAUUUGGUCCAUGCAGCAGCCCAUAUCUUGAUGAAUUUAAUUGUUCAACUGGCCUCAAAAUUGAAACUGCAAAUCUCUUUGCAAAAAUCACUAAGAAAGGAUUUUUUGUCAAUGGCAACUAUAGAUCAGAUAACAGUUUUUUCAGUAAAGAAAUUAUUAUAAAACAGGCAUCGUCUUUGUUUUAUGUGGUGGAUGGACUGGAUUUCCGUAUUUUACAUUAUGCUGGUGCCCAAACUUAUAUUACUCUGAAGUCAAAUUAUCGAGGUUUGGUUGAAGGUCUCUGUGGCAAUUUUGAUUCUAAUAUCAACAAUGAACUUGUUAGCCGAACUGGUUUGCUUGUUCAUAAAACAAAAUUUGCUCAAGAAUUUAUUGCUUUCUCUUGCUUUGCUCCACAAAGAGAUGAUGUGGAGUCCGAACCCUGUGAAGUUAAUAUAAAUAAUGAAGAUGAAGCUAAAAAGUACUGCUCUUAUAUUCCAUUCAGCAAGCAAUUUCAAUACUGCUUUGAAAUUGUUCCAUACCAAAAAUAUUAUGACCAAUGUAUGCGAGAUAUGUGUGUUAGUGAAAUAUUUAAUCCAAAUGCAAUGUGUGUUGCACUUCAAGCUUAUGCCAAAGCAUGUGCUGACAAUGGUGCCAUUAUUAACUGGCGUGAAAACUCUACAUUAAAUGAAGUUUGCUGUGAGUUGGUUUAA